AUGUCAGGUGACUCAGACAGGAAGGAGAAAGAUAAUUUGAGGCCGCGUAUAAUCAGGACGUUAGGAUCGCAGGUGCUGAGUGGUAGCACAUGUAGUAGCCAGCCAUCUUCGCUUUCGCAAUCUCCUACCGCAGGGGGGUUAGGACAGUCUGGUGAAUGGAUAUCACAGCAUGGAGGGUUGAUGCAGCCAUUCACGGGGCAAACACCUACGAAAGCGUCACUGUCUAGUCAUAGGGUUGCGCAAGCAUGUGAUAGAUGUCGGUCAAAAAAGACGAGAUGUGAUGGGAAGCGGCCACAGUGCUCGCAAUGCGCGGCUGUGGGAUUUGAGUGCAAAAUUAGUGAUAAGUUGUCACGACGUGCGUUUCCACGAGGAUAUACCGAGACUCUCGAGGAGCGAGUACGGGAGUUGGAAGCUGAAAACCGACGAUUAGUAGCGUUAUGCGAUCUUAAGGAAGAGCAGUUGAGAUUAGUAUCCAAAUACGGAGGUCAGCGGGAAUCCGCAAACGACGAGGUAGGCUCGUUAGACAUAAGGCUGGACGAGCCGGAUGUGAAACAGGAGGAUGAGCAAAUACUCCGCCAAUUGUCUAACUCCGAUGGAGGCACCUUACGCGUUAGUUCUACGAAUUUAUACUUUCUCAGCAAGACUGCCGCGGUUCUUCCGCAGCCUGAAGAGAUUCCGCAAGGCUUACUUUCUAUUCCUAUGGAAGAUCAGUCCCUGCACGAUAAUGGGCAGUUACACCGGUCGCGGGGACUUGGAAAGCCGUUUAAGGUUCAUGAGAACUCCAGACCACUUUUGUCGCCCCUUCACCUUAGUAGCGAUCAAGACAUUAAAGCCAAUGCUAUGCCAGACCGUCUUAACUCCGCGGAUCUUCUUUCGAAUGCUAUCGUAGCAUCUACAAAUACACUCACGAAUCUUAAUGAUCCAACGUCUAUUUCAUUUGAACAAGAACAGGCUCCGGGACUUCCAGCUGUUAAAGCAUUGAGUAGAAUGUCGACCCACGAGCAAAGCUCACAAUUAGCAACUUUAGUUGCAGUUUCGAUUCCUCGCACAACUGAAGAGAUCCUAUUCGUUCCUCAGCUUCUAGCUCGUAUUGGACAGGUACAUGGGUUUACUUCAAAACACUGCUUAUAUACAGCUUCAUUGCUGGCGUCUUUAAAGGAAAUUUUACCAAGACAAGCAUCCGCGGAGUUAGAUUUAUUGAGGUCUAAAAGCUUGUGGGAAAUUGACGAAAUGGACGUAUUUUUAACGAAAUGUUUACGAUUCAAUUUAGGCAACGACAGCAACACUGAUAAUGACAACUUAGCAUCAAGUGAAAGCUUAACGUUUUCAGAGAUGGAGGAAAUGAUACAUUUGUUUUUUGAUAAUUGGUAUCCAUUAAUUCCCAUUUUUGAUAAAUCUGAAUUCGACAAAUAUUGGGACAAAUUCAAAAAGAAUGUAACCACUCCUGACUUUUUCACAUCUGGGGAGACCUUAUUCGACAGGCGCCAUAAAUCAAUUUCAUAUAAGAUUUUUGCCUGCUCCCUAUCGAUAAUGAUUCAAAUGGGUUUGAUGACAAAAGUUAAAAGCGAAGCGUUGAGCAGAGAAAAUCGCUUUAGCAAUUUAAUGACAUAUUACGACCGUGCAAUACCACAGUUUACUACUAAUCCCUAUUUUUCAUCUAAUUCCACGUCUCUGCAAUCAUUACAGCUAUUAACCUUGCUAUUAUUUUACUUCUUAAAUGUGGGCGAUAUUAAUAAUAUUUACGAACUCCGCGGGAAAGUUGUCUCACUCGCACAACAGUUGAGACUUCACCGUUGCCCCAGUGCAGUUAUUGGUGGUGAUGGGUCAACAGUUAGCAAAAUGCAACAAGGAGAAAGACGCGUACUAUUUUGGGGUGUGUAUUACCUCGACGUUUUUGCAUCUUUGCAGCUCGGUGUACCACGUUUAAUUAAAGAUCAUGAAAUUGAAUGUGCACUACCUGUUUCAUCUGAUUAUGAUAACCAAGUUAACCUCGCAGGCCAGAUGAUUUCAUUGGAAGGUAAAGUAGAGCCAUUUUCUCUAUCCGUUAUUCGAUUUUCGAAGGUCUUAGGAAAUAUCUUGGACUCUGUAUUUAAACGAGGCAUGUCGGCAUCCAUUACGAAAGAAGUUGCAUUAGUUCAUGAAAAUGCAUUAGAUAAUUGGAGAUAUGGGCUACCGGACAAUGUGAAGUUUAAUAUUGAUGUCAAUGGUACAAUAAAUAUGGAUGAGUUUAACCAAUUGAAGCACGACUUUUUGCAUAAUAGUGAUACUAAGCUCAAGAAAGAGAAUUUUAUUACGAUGAUUUUGUAUUUUAUGGCUAAAAGUAUGAUCCACAUACCAGUUGUGGCAACGAAGCCCCUCACAGAUAAUAAUAUGCUUAAGACCGAAACAAUGGGCUCUUGCCAAGCUGAUAGGUCCUCGUCUUCUUACAUUUUGUUACAGCAAGCAAUUAAUACAUUUCUUCAUGUGUUGGGUUCAAUGAAAUCAGUGCACAUACCAGUUCCCAUCAAUGUUUCGCGAACGAAAACUCGCUUUGGUCUAUUCAGCGCUAGAGCAUCUUUGGAAUACAUCAAAGGAGGCGCUCUAUUCCAAGAUAAUAAACUGCUACUAUUGGACUUGGUAAAAGAGCUAGAAACGGACAGAAAGCUUGGAAUUCCUGGCACCAUUUCUUGGCAUAGUUUAAAGUUAUUUGACAUGGCAAUAAACCUGAUUUUACAGCCAACCAACACGAAGCCGGAGAACCAGGAGAGGUUGAUACAAAAGAAAAUCAACUAUUAUAACAAACUAAUUGAUGGUUUGAUGGCAAGCAACAUGAAUCUGCACAACGCCUCUAAUGCUCCUAACCAGUCUCAACAGGCAAGUCAAGUUCAGCAACCUAAACAAGUCCCCAAGAAUGAGGAAUUUAAGCGUAAGCGUUUAGAGUCGAACUCAUCGCCCUUGCCUCAUUUAACUCAUAAAAAGAAGAAAAUUGAAUCCGAAAUUGUUGCUAACCAAAACCCGGUGUCAUCAGCUCCUGCUGUCACCAAUUAUGAGCCAGAAGCUGUUCCUAAGCCAUUGUACACUGAAACAAUCAUAAAUGACAUUUCAGAAGCACAUCCAAAGCCUGAACCACCGUUCCCCAUUUUUAACCAUGGUUCAAAUUCCAUUGCGGAAGCUUUUCAGCUGGACCCUGUUUUACAAGCUACACCCUUUAGCAACACUGACCUGGCAUCUUUCUUUAAUUCUGACUAUUACGUCAAUAGGGGGACUAAUGGCCAUGAAGCAGCUAAUACAGGUAUAUCAACAUCAGGAACGGCUGAAACGGGCAACCUCGGGUAUGCUUCGAAUUCAGGUGCAGCUGUAAACUCGCUUUUAAAUGUCCCGGGUAUGAGCUUAGGAUUGGGAAAAUCUAUGAGCAUGGCUAAAAUGAACGCCAAGGAUGGUCUAUUUAAGGUCCCCAGUAACGGAGAUUUUCUCAAGGACUUGUACGACGGUAUGUCUUCCACUCAACUUUCAAUGGUAUUUGUAAACGGCAAUGAGGCAGCCGCCUCGAGCAACAUCCAACAACCCCCUGCCGAUGACCAGCAGCAACAUCAAAAUGCUGCAAAUCAAAAAGUGGAGUUGCCUUCUCAAAACUAUGAUAGAAAGCGCUCUUCCGGAUAUGGUUACGUUGUAGACGCUUCUCUAGGUCUCGCUCCGCUCUUAGCUUUAUCCCAAACCCCUACAGGCGUUGACGGCCUAGUCUUAGACAACCAAGCAAAGGAGCCGGGCGAAACCAAAUCCAAAAAUUCAAAAUUUUUUACCGGUAGUACCAAGUUUGACGUAAUUCCAACGUUGUUAAGCGCAACAGGCCCCCAUGAGCAGAAAAACGCGGACAGUUCCUGUCAUCCACCGCAACAAACUCUAGACCAAUUACCGGAGUCUCAUAGGACUCCAUCAGCUCCAACAAGAAAACAAUCCCACGUUGCUAAACCGGGACAUGCUGACACAUAUAGCACCCCCAAUUUGGACUUUCUUCACGAAGAUGGUGUCAUUUCCAUAGGUCGCAGAUCCCCGAGAGGCCCGCGUAGGCAUUGGAACAGUGCAAACACCUCUGCUCAAACAACAACUAACAUCUCGCGAAACACAGGAAAUAACAACCAAGGCCAGUAUAUUGAGGAUAGUAUCAGCGAUCUAUUCAGAUGGCAAAAUAGCAGCUAG